CAGUGGAGCAGUGUAGUGUGCAGCAUCAUAGUUAACACAGCACCAAGGCAACAGAAGAAGGAUGCAUUACUUUGUCCUUGUCACUCUGCUCGCAGCCUCUGCUCUGCUGGCCUCAGCUGAAGAGUCUGAUUCAGACGAGCAGAAUUACUCCUUCAGUGAUCUUGUAGGGUCGAGAAGUGGCACCUCCUUCAGGAUUACUGGAGAAGAGCGCCUCACAGCAGUCCGGACCUGGGACAAUGGGGCCUCUAUUUACGCAAUACAGGUCAGAUACGGCUACAUCUGGAGUGAGAGGGUCGGGAGUGCGCUUGGACAAAUGCAAGAGAUUCUUUUGGAAGAUGAUGAAGCUGUUAUCCAGGUCUCAGGGAAGUAUGGCCUCAACAUACAGUGGCUGGUGUUUGUGACCAACAAAGGGCGCUCCUUGUACUCUGGGCAGCCCACAGGUACCAGCUUUAACAUGUACCCGGAGCAUCAAGGGGCGGAGCUACGUUUCAUUAGUGGGACCUCGCUCCGUGGAGCAUUGACCGGGUUUGCCACUCACUGGGCUGUGUACCCCCAGGAGUCAAAGAGUGAAGAGCACUGAUGCACUGAUGAUCUGAAUAAGACUUCUACUUAAUAAUAAUGUGAUUUUUCUUCCUGUACUUUAAAUACAAAAACUAAUAAACGAAUCAGUGUCAUUAAA